CCCAGAGACCCCGUUAGCCACCGGGAGUGGUGUGCCUGAAAUGCCAUACUGGGCGUCUCCGAACCAGCACACACGUAGACUCUCGGUGUGCACCUUAUGACCCAGUGUCAAGUUUUCGAGAGCCCCAUGAAUAAUAAGAAGACAGACGAUAAUUUGGCCUCCUCCAAGGAAGAUGGAAAAGAUAAUUGUAAAAUAUCAGAUGUUCAUUUGCCAGAUAUAGUAGAGAGAAAAGAAAAAAACAAAUGUGAAAAAGAAGCUGAAAAAACAGAGCAGCGGCCAGAAAAUCCAUGUCCCAGGAGACCGCAUAUGGUGUAUGCCAAAUUCAUAAGAACAAAUGCAAGAUUCUUUAAUGAGCCAGUGUGUUACAUAGAACACCCAGAUAUGAGAAACAUUCAGGAGGAUUGGUGGUCACAUGAAGAAAUACUGAACCAUCACUGUGUUCCAUCUUAUGACUCCCAGAGUACCCAAAGAAGUGAUUUCAAAAUACCAGCAUGUCAGCUUGUUUUGCCAAACAAACACUGCAGGAAACAAAAGCCUGCUUGUGGCAUAGUUCCAUUGGCAAUUUCAGACUCAUUGCCGGUAACUGAAAAAAAAAUUUCAGAUCGUUUUCCUUUUAUACAUCAGUUCAGAAAAAAAUUGCCACCAAAGCAUCAUGGAGCUUUUCUACGGACAGAUAUAAAACGAGUAAGAGGGUCAUUAGUUCCUAAGGGAACUGAAGUAUUCCAAGGUGCUCCAGGGUCACACUUACCAGAACAGUCAAAAGCAGAGAAAGGCAACUCGAUGACAAGUACAACGACCUCACCCAGUCUCUGCCAACACUGUUCCCAAAGGUCACCAAUUUCUGAAUGUCACUUAUCAGAAACAGACUACAAAGAAGAAACUGUGGCAUAUCCCACACCUCCUAGGAAGGAACAAAAGAGUCCCGGCAUUGCAGGGACAGCCGAAGUAAAUUUUAUCCUUCCUACCAGGCAGGAGCCUUUAUAUCCACCAAUCAAACAGAAUUUUUGAAAAAGCAGCAGAUAAGUUACCCACCACAAAUAGCACAGUCACUGAUACUCCCAUUAGUUCCUGAAAUGGAAAGAAUCUAGAUUCACCGUCCAGACAACUAUGUUUGCUUUUCUAGUACCAAUAACCAAAAUACAGCUGACCCCAGCUGUUUUUUUAGAGAGAAUUAGUACUCCUUUGACUAAAAAACAACACUGCUAUACUUUUUAUCUGAAAAUCCCAUAGGCUUCCAGGAUGUAGAGGAAUCCAAUUGCCAUUUCUUUAAAGUAUUUUGUUUGUUACAUUUUGAGAUCAGACAUUUUGUAAUAACACAAUACUGCUGAACUUAGAAUUCAAACACCUAACUUAGUGAUGAUGGCAAAUCCUUAUUCAGAUCUUUCUUCUUCUCCAGAUCUUUCUUGUCUUUAUUCCUCCCACUUCUGAGAGAAUACUGUGGGGAAAGCACUUAGUAAACUAUAAAGUGCUAUAUAAAUAUGAUCUGUGAUGAUGAAUAGCUAUUUUAAUAUUAGAAAUGAUAAUGAAACAUGCUAUCCACGUCCAGAUGGAGAACUGAUGGACUCAGUACAAAUUGAAGCAUAUUUUCUUCCUUUUUCUUUUUUUUUUGACAUGGCUAAUACAAGCUUAUUUUGUAUGACUAUCCAUACUUUGUAACAGGUUUUGUUUUUUCUUUCCUUCCAGUGGCUGGGGGAAAGGGAUGAGAAUUCAAAACUGAAUAUAAAAUAAAAUUGAAAAUACAUAAAGAAAAGGGUUUUAAAAGCUAGUGCUAUCUCAAUCCUUCAUUCUUAUGGCUACCAUGUGAUAAAACUAAUAAUUAACAAGAGAAUCACCCAUAAUAAAAAGAAGAAACCAUAACACACAAAAA